GAACCAUUGAACCGUGAAGCGUGGGAAUGGUACAAUGAUGUUGUUGGAGACGGCAGGUGUUCACUGGUGGAUACAUGGUGGCAGACAGAGACCGGAGGUAUUUGCAUCACACCCAGGCCAUCUGACCCUGGGGCUGAAAUUUAUACCGGACCCAUGCGACCAUUCUUUGGUAUUGAUCCUGUACUCAUGGAUGAAAAGUCAAAAGAAUUGGAGGGUAAUGAUGUGAGUGGUGCUCUUUGUAUACGUAAGCCUUGGCCAGGAAUGGCAAGAACUAUUUAUGGAAACCAUCAGAGAUUUCAAGAGGUUUAUUUCUCACCAUAUCCAGGUUACUAUUUUUCUGGUGAUGGGGCAACCCGUGAUGAAAAUGGUUUCUACCAUAUUACAGGCCGUGUUGAUGAUGUCAUCAAUAUCAGUGGUCAUAGAUUGGGGACAGCAGAAGUUGAAGAUGCAAUGGAUGAACAUCCAGCUGUUGCUGAAACUGCUGUGGUAGGAUUCCCACAUGACAUCAAAGGAGAAGGUAUGCUUUAUAUUAUACAUAUGUGGUUCAAUG